AUGUCCACCAUACCAGCAGAAGAACUAGCCAAGAACAACAAUCGGAAUUCCUGCUGGAUAGCCAUCAACGGCACAAUCUGGGACGUCACAGCUUUCAUCGACCAACACCCUGGCGGAGCGAGUCUGAUUCUCCGAGUCGCGGGCCAGGAUGCCACGGAGCAAUACGAGACCUUCCACGAUGCGGAUUUGGUAGAGAAGACGCUCGGUCCUGGGGCUAACAAGGGCACCAUCGAUCCACGCACCAUCUUGAAGCCGGAAUCCAAACCCACACCCAAGGGCAGUGUCGCAAGAGGACCUCCCCCACUGAAAAGUAUCAUCGCCCUCGCAGAUUUCGAAAAGGUCGCCGAGAGACACAUGACUCCCUUGGCAUGGGCGUACAUUUCCUCCGGCUCGGACAACGAAGUCACGCUGAGAGAGAAUGCGAGGAUAUACCAAAAAGUCUUCCUUCGAGGUCGGAUCCUUCGAAAAGUAGGCUCCGUCGAUCUCAGCACGACGAUCCUGGGCCAUGCUUCCAGUCUCCCGAUCUAUACUUCCCCCGUCGGCUUGGCGAAAUUGGUGCAUCCGGAGGGGGAAUGUGCGAUUGCGAAGGCAGAUGGGAUUGAGGGGGUUGUUCAGGUCGUUAAUACGGUUUCGAGUGUGCCGAUUGAGGAGAUUAUGAAGGCUAGGAUUUCGCGGGAGCAGCCUGUUUUCUGGCAAUUGUACCUGAAUAAGGAGUUGGAGAAGUCUAGAGAGUUCAUCGAAAGAGUGGAAAAGACGGGUGUGAAAGCUAUUUGGCUGACCGUGGACUCCCCCGUCACUGGGAAUCGGGAACGAGAUGAGCGGUCGAAGGAGGUCGAGGAAGAGGUGAAAUUCGUUCUGGAAAGCCACGUUAGAGAAACCCAGGGCGCUGAUAUUUGAGACAGUUCGAAGAAGACCUCGAAGCAGCCGUCUCAACACUCCGCAGCACCGGCGUAGCAGCUUCCAACAAUUCCUUCAUCAACGCCGACGCCGACUGGGAAAUCAUCGACUGGCUCCGCUCCGUGACCAAACUCCCCAUCGUCGUCAAGGGAAUCCAAUGCGUGGAAGACGCGAUCCUCGCAUACGAGCACAAAGUCGACGGGAUCGUGCUCUCCAACCACGGCGGUAGAUCCCAGGAUACGUGAGUCCCUUCUCUCUCCACUUUAUAUGAAAAGCAAAAAGUCUGUCCUGACCCGAUGAUAGCUCGCAACCUCCUCUUCUGACCCUGUACGAGAUCCGCAAGUUCGCACCACACAUCAUGGGCCGGGAGAUGCAGAUCUUCGUGGAUGGCGGUGUUCGUCGCGGAACGGACGUCUUGAAAGCUCUAUGUCUCGGCGCCAGUGCGGUCGGGAUCGGUCGUCCGGUCCUGUUCAGCAUGGCUGCUGGCUAUGGUCAUUACGGUGUCCGGAGGAUGCUUCAGAUUCUGCGAAAGGAAAUGCAGACUAACAUGGCGUUUCUCGGUGCCAGGAAGAUCGAAGAUUUGAGGCCGGAAAUGGCGAAUGUGAAGGCUUUGGAGAGGAAAGUCGUUGGGGAGUGUAAAUUAUGA